AAAGGUUCAUGAUUCUCGUGUUUUUAAGAAUUCCCCUCUCUAGGAUGCCUGCUGCACACGAACGUUUCUUCCCAUGGGAUUAAGCAAAGUUAUGACCAACGUUGUGGUGCCACUCGCCAUUCUUGGUGAUUCAGCCUAUGGACUCACUAACUGGUUAAUGAGGCCUUUUACUGACCGGGGAAACCUUAACAAUGAGGAGGUGGCGUUUAAUACAGCACACAGCAAAACAAGGGUGGUUGUGGAAAAUGCGUUUGGAAGACUGAAGGGACGGUUUAGAUCCCUAGGAAGAAGGCUUGAUCAGUCUGUUGAAAGUGCAACCACAACAGUCACAGCUUGUUGUGUUCUUCAUAACUAUGGUGAGGUUAUGAAAGAAGAAUUUGAUGAAGAAUGGCUAGAGGGGGUGCAAUUACACCUGAACAUCCAACCAUGUGACAGAGAAGAAAAACAAGACAGGGAGGCAAUCGAUAUAAGCAAUCCCCUCAAGAAUUUUAUUUCAUAGACCAGUUUUGUCUCCUAUAAAGCAUUCCUAUAAAGCAUGCAUUACUAGUCUAAUGUUUCUUUUUUGUUUGCACUGUUUCUACUAAAUGUAAGGAUUCCACAAAAUGCAACUACUUCAGUGGUUUAUGGAAAUUGAACUGGGCAAAUUUUUGGCAUAAUUGUUCUUCACUAAAAAGCAGAUG